ACCCACCUCUAGUGCAAAAUAACCUCGAAUCAUGUGGGAGUUCGUCAUACAUACAUAUGAGUGUAUUUGCUAUGUGAAUAAAGUGAUUACUUAACAAUUAAUUGCCAAUAAUACAAUAGUAAUAUAUACAUAAAAGCAUCCUUAAAAAUACCUGAGGUACGAAUUAAUGCAAUGCGUAUACGUCGCCCGCGCGGUAUCACUGUGCAACAAUUAAUGAUAGUAACUGCAGUUGGUUUCCUUGGUGGUGUUUACAUUUGGAAGCCGCUUAUACUCAAAUACCGAGCAGAAAGUGAGGAUCCGACAGGGGAGAGUGUAAAGGAAUCGGCAUCGACAGUUUCUUCUAGUGUACUGCCUACAAAAACUUCUACGGAAACCAUGAGCUCCACUAAUCUCGUUGGAUAUAUAAAAAAUUCGCCAAUUGCUGUUAUGGCAGCUGGUAUAUUCUCGACGUUGGCCAUAGUUGGCACUUAUCGUUUCGCUAUCAGGCCGAGACUGGAACGCAGACGUCGUGAAGAGGCCGAAUCAUACGCUGAAUAUAUAUUUCAACAAGAACAAUCACACAAAGCAGAUUUAAAAUAAAAUAUACCUAUACAUUUAUCCAUAAUCCGCAUUAGAUCUAUCCACACACACAUACAGUUUUAGUAUAUAAUGUUAAUAAUUGUAAGUGAAGCACAUACUUUAAUCAUAUUCCCCAUUGCAUGCAAAUGCAGAUUUAAUUACAAAAGGCAAACAUAUGCAUUACUACACACGCAGGUUAACAGCGUUCUAAAUUUAUAUGCAUUUGCUGCAGUUGGGAAUGAACGUUGAAACACUUUUGGCUAUGUUUAAUUAAAACCUUUAUGUAUAGAGGUUAUUGUAAUUUAUUAUCGAGAAUUUGAAAAGGCAA